AUGUCCAGUAGGUGUGUACCGACUUUUAUAAGGCGAGGAUUCGCCGAAAGAAGAGCUGUUAAGGGUGUUGCCGCAGUGGCCAAAACACGUGAGAUUGACGUAGAAAAAGACGCUUACAAACUGGUGAACUUUUGCUGUAUUAACUACCGAAUCGAUGACCAACCGAUUCCCCUAAAGCCAGAUAGCGAAUAUCCAGACUGGUUAUGGUCAAUUAGAGUGUCUAGAAGACCACCUAAACUAGUUGAAAUUGACCCAGACUCUUACUAUUAUUGGCGUCGUAUCCGGAGGCUCCACAACCGGCACUUGAAUAAUCUGGCUGCUGCUGAUGGAUGGCAUCGCAGAGAGCAUCGUGACCCACGGUCCCACUCCGAUAGGUCGUACGGCGAUCUGGCCUAUGCCCUAAAGAAGUGGUUGCAACAGCAGGCGAAUCGAUUAUGA